AUGAGCGACAUCAAAGUCACCUUAGCGGUGGAAGAUCGGGCUGAGAACCAAGACACAUUAAGUAUUUCAGAAAUCGUGCCUCGGAUCGUUGCUGAACGGAAGUCGUUCGUGGACGUUACCGAGGAGUCGCUACUCGAGGAAAUCGCCAAUUGUGUGGCUGACUCGGCUGACGACAAUGUGAAGGAUGAGGUGGAUGAGAAGCCCGAUGAGUCCCCCUUUGACCAGCACCGACUCAAGCUGCUGGAGAACGUCAAAGCCGCAUACAACGAGAGUGCGCUGGCGCUAGAUUUCGUGUCACUGCUCAUUUCGAGCGUGCGACCCACUUCUGCAUCCACGUCCAUGUCUCCACAUCUCAAAACACACAUUCCUGUGGGCUCUCUGGGUGCAGACCGAGUGCCUGCUCCCCAGGUGGCCAACGAGCCCGGCGUUGGCAUUGGAUGGAAAAUUGAGUCUUUGACAAACGCGCGUGACCGACUCAAGACGUGUGCUUCGAGGCUGCGGACUGAGGCUGCCAAGGAGAAGACCUACUGGGCUGGCGUUGCCUCUAUUGCUGCGACUGGCGAGGUUCUUUUCAAGGUGCGAAAUUCUGAUACCCGAGGGCUAGGCAUCAAGUAUGGUUUUGGAGACGCUGGAAGUAAAUAUCGUGAUCCAGGUAUCGGUGUGUUGAAGCGUUCGGCUACAGGAACUGUGGACUUCGAGCCCAAGGAGGAGGUGCAAAAGAAGUUUGUCAGAGUGACUAUUAAGUCUGAAGAGGGAGAAGUCACCAAAAGUGUCAGCAAUGUAUAUACCAGGGACUCUAAGCCGCCAACUGACCCGACGCUAGCUGCUAUUCACGAGACUCGCCAUGCACUGUUUGAAGAAGAGUUGUUCUUUGAGAUUGCCAGAGAGGCAAGACUGCUGACCUCGAGAAAGGUGACCGUUGCUGAUGGAGCUGUAACGGUGGAUCUGGGCGAAGGGGACAUGGUUGUGAUUGAGUGGGUGGAGGUCCCAGAAGAGCCUACAACUACAUUUGCACCUUCUCUAGCAAACUUAUUUGUGCUGGCGCUGAGACUGCUGCUGGCUAAUGCUCAUCGACAGCAAUUGGAGAAGAUGAGAACUCCCCCUGCUCCGUUGCAAUCUAAGGGUGGUCCCAAUCCCAACCCUCCUCUGCCUAUACUAAGACCUCUUCUCGCACACAUUCUGCACAAGCGGCUGGUGAGUCGCGCCAGAAGAUCCCUCUAUCUUCUGUCUACAACCCAUUCCGGUCUCAGCUUCGAGAUAACCACAAACAACUCUACAGAUAAGGAAUCUUCUUCUUUGGGUCGACUCAUGGCAGCUCCUGUUUCCAAUCUCAAGAUCAAGUUUUCGGACAAGGGUAAUGCCAAGGUAGUUAUUCCUUCUCCUCUACAGUCGCAUCAGUCGAUGUUCGAUGUGACCAUGUUCAAGGGUACCUCUCAGGAGACUGUGACUAGCCAUACUGGGUUCCAUGAGCUGGUCGAGUUGGAAGAGUGGGUGCGGUGGGCUGCCGAUAGAUCUGAGCCCAAAAAGAGUAACUAA